GUCAAGAUUGGUGAUCUAGGCUUGGCAACAAUAGUGGGGAAGACCCAUGCAGCUCAUUCGUUGUUGGGAACACCAGAGUACAUGGCACCAGAGCUGUAUGAAGAGAAUUACAAUGAGUUGGUGGACAUAUACUCAUUUGGAAUUUCAUUGCUUGAAAUGGCUACAAUGGAGAUACCUUACAGUGAGUGUGACAGCAUAGUAAAGAUAUACAAGAAGGUGACUACUGGGGUAAAGCCUCAAGCAUUUGAAAAGUGA